CAUGAUCAUGUAAAGGAUCUCCGGGAAUUGAAAUGGAAGGUACAUUAUUAGAAACAUAAACUACUGUUUGAAAUUUUUGUCUUUAUAUAUGUAUUGGAUAUAUUUUGUCACAGAUGGAUAGUUUUAUGCAGAUGAAUUAUUCUGAAAACAAAUACAUGAACAAAUCAUGUACAAUGUCUCUUAGAGACAAAAGCUGCGAUACUCAAGAUCUGGAAUAUUCUUUAAAUAAUAUUGUGUUUAGAAGGUCAUUGCUGAAAGGACAUUCAGAUAAAGAUGUGGAGAAUACUGCUCAAAUACAACAACUAACUGAAUUACAAAAGAUAAAAGAUAGAGAAUGCAGUUUAAGAUGCGAAAAUCAGCGACUUAAGACUGAUCUACAGUGUCACAUAUCAGAAAUUGACAAUUUGAAGAAACAACUAGAGCAUGCUAAACAAAAGGAAAGUGAAUAUGAGAAACUUUUAUCGAAGCUAGAAGAGGAAGAGAAAGAGAUUGAAAUCUUAAAUGACCGAAUUACUAAUAAUGAAGAGAUCAUUAAGAAUCAGUCUAAUGAACUUGAAAUGCUUAGAAAAAGAUUACUCAUGAAGGAUCAACAGAUGGAGGAAGAUUUAUCUGAUUUAAAUGUAUCAGAGCACGAAAUGCUGAAUCUUCUGUGUAAUCGAAUAUAUUCUUUGAAAGUUUUACUUCAAGAGAAAUCGGAAAACAUGGUUAAAUUACAAGCCGAUUACGAAUUACUUAAAAAUGAGAAUUCUAUAUUAAAAAGGCAGAACGAUAUUACUGAAACUCGAGCUCAAGAUGAUGUCUUUCAGUUGAAGAAAAGGCUCAAAGCAACACGCAUAAAAUUGCAUCAGAUAGAAAGUGAUUAUCAAGGAAUGAUAGAAGAUUUCAAUGAAGCUCAAAAACAGUUAAUGUUAGCAACAAAACGCGAAGUAGACUCGCAAAAAUCAUUAAUAAUUAUGGAACAAACUUAUUGUUCUAAAAUCGAAAAAAUAGAAAAUGAAGCGGUCGAUCUGCGUGAUUUGGUGGACAAAUUGAGCGAAGAAUUGGAAGAAACAAAAAAAAAACUUGAGUCGAAAAGUAUCGAGCUUUGUCAAGCGCAAGAUAAAUGCAAAAGUUAUACUGAUCAUUUAGAUAUCAUACGACAAGAUCUCGAGACGGAAAAGGAUGAAUUAAUGAAGGCCGAGAAUGUGAAUCGUGAUUUGAUUCAACAGUUGCAAGAAUAUAUGAACGAAAAUUAUCAUCUUGGCCAACAGAAGAUUUUACUUGAGCGAAAUAAUUCCACGUACAUAACCGAGUUAAAGGAUAUGCGCAAAUCUUUGUUUGAAUUGAAAAAGGAAUGCCAUUUAAAGGAUCAAUCUCUAACAUACAUGUCAGUUGAUUUGACUGAAGCAGCUGUGAGUAGAUCAGAACUCUGUAAGGAGUCUCAAUAUAUAAUUUCAUGUAUCCGUGAUUGUAUGGAACAACAAAAAAAAUACAACAAAACUCUAGCAAAAAAUCUGGAAAAUAAGCAACAACUUUUAAUGCAGCUUAUAUUUGAAAAAAAAGCUCUAUUAAUUAAAAUCAAGAAGUUGAAACGAAUUAAUUUAUUGGCACAGAAACUGAAACGAACGCACAGACAAUUAUUAACUGGUAGAGGUCUUAAAAAAACGCAUAUAAAAAACUAUAAUAUCUCGCCGUCGAAAACGCGUCAGGAUGUAGAAACAGAUUUAAUUUCAAGUUUGGAUUAUACAGAUUUAUAUAAGAAAUAUUCCAUAGAACCAAAAGAAACUAAUCAACAUAUAUCGACAUGCGGUGACUCGUGGUGGUUUCCUAAAAUGGAACAUUUAAUGAAUGAAAUGCAGAAAAGUAAUCAACGGUGGAAUGACAAUUUUAACCACGCAACGGAAUCUGAUACUUCAUUGGAAGAAAACCGUGAUUACGGUUAUCAGUCUUCUUCUGCAAGCAAAUGAAGAGGAGCGAGAGAUUUUUCGUCAUAAAGACUGAAAAAAU